AAUGGAAACAAUGGGCCUUACUCUCAAGAAUUGAGCAUCUCUUCUCACCGCCACCCCCACCCCCACCCCCGCUACCAUCUCUCUCAAUUCAUCAUACUCUCCUAAAAAUCCAGCACAUACGUAAUAUAAACUACCUUAUAAAUUUAAUGUUGUCGGGUUAGAGAAGAAAAAGUGUUACCUUUUUUAUAGUUCUUGUGAUUUUAGAGGGUCAUAUGGACGAAAUAUACGGCCUUCAUUCGACGUGUGACUACGCAGACAAGGCGUUGAUGUCACCGGAUAAUCUGAUAAUACCGGCGGAGUACCAUCAGCACUACUAUGGCCUUAUUUCUUCUUCAGUUGAUCAUCAAUAUCAUCAUACAGAAGUGUUUGGAUCCGAGGAUUUUGGUGGAAGUGUGUUCCAUGGUUCUUUGGUGUCAGAUGUGGCGUCCGUUAAUAUUCAAAGGGAAACAUGUCCUGGAGAUGUUGAAGAUGAACAGGGUUUGAGCUUAAUCAAGGCUAAAAUUGCUUCUCAUCCUUCGUACCUCAAGUUACUUGAUGCUUAUAUUGAUUGCCAAAAGGUUGGAGCACCAGUAGAAAUAGCAUGUCUGCUGGAUGAAAUCAAGCGAGAAAACGACUUAUGUAAUAGAAACGAAUCUUCUACAUGCCUUGGAGUCGAUCCUGAGCUCGACGAAUUUAUGGAAACGUAUUGUGAAAUAUUGGUUAAGUACAAGUCGGAUCUAUCAAGGCCUUUUGAUGAAGCAACUUCAUUCCUUAACGAGAUUGAAACGCAACUUGGCAAUCUUUGCAAAGAUGAUGGUGGUCUAUUCUUGGACGAGGAGUAUAAAGGGGAAAAGAUAGAAAUACAAGAUACACAGGCGAAAAGUGAAGACCGGGAGCUCAAGGAUAAGCUCUUACAAAGGUACGGUAAUCAAAUAAGUAGCCUAAGGCUAGAAUUUUCAAAGAAGAAGAAGAAAGGAAAGCUACCUAAAGGGGCAAGGCAAACAUUACUUGAAUGGUGGAAUUUUCACUAUAAAUGGCCCUAUCCAACCGAGGCAGAUAAAAUUUCAUUGGCAGAAUCAACGGGUUUAGACCAGAAGCAAAUCAACAACUGGUUUAUAAAUCAAAGGAAGCGGCACUGGAAACCUUCAGAAAAGAUGCAUUUGGCCGUGAUGAACAGUCUUUCUGGGCAUUUCUUCACUGAAGAUUGAGCAAACAUGUUCUCAUUUAACUGAAAAUAUAUGUGGAUUCUGAUGUUUGGCUCAUGUAUAUUCCUGAAUAAAUUUAUCACCAAAUAACUGAUAGAAAUGUUAUGCAUUUGCAUCAUUAAUACUUGGGAAAAAGGAUUUUCAGUAUCUUCUUGAUGAAUUUCAAUUGAGGCUCGACUCUUUUGACGAGUGGUGCUUUGAUCUGCUUCGAAAGCUUUUUCGACCCUAUUUGCAUAUUUCAGUGUCCUAUGUUAAGAGAAUUUGUAAAUAAGUAAUUCACUUAAUUUACCAUGAUC